GGGCAGCCUCGAGUCUCGACGCCGUCGAUGCGGCACCAUAGAUGAUCAUGCGUAGUCGCCAUGCGUAGCGCCGUCGUGCUGUUCCUCCUGCUGCUCGUCGCCGCGCCGCUGCUCUGGCUCACGAAGCAGCAGCACGAGCCGCCGGCACCGCGGGACGGCUGCCCCUCGCCCCGGCCGCGCGUCGCGCUGUGCUUCUACGGUUUAAACCGCGCGCUGCGACAUACCGUGCAUGGUAUAGCGGACAAAAUUUGGAAACCACUACACGACGCGUGCGCGGCCGUCGACGUUUACUAUCACGUCUGGGAAACGGAGACAGCCUUCGUGGACACGGCGGCGCGGGGCGGCGAGCGCAUGGAAGUGGCGGUGGGCGACGGCGCCGCGGAAAUGGUAAAGUUAUUGAGGCCCUUCGGCGCGCGCGGUAUGACGGAGAAACAAGCGGCGUUCGACGCGGCGUUCGCCCUCAAUGCGUCCUCCUACGCGGCGCUGGACAGGCGCUACGCGGGGCCGAACUUCCGCAAUUUGAUGCGGCAGCUCGAGAGCCUGCGGCGCGUCGCGGCGCUCUGGCGGCGCUCCGGCGUAUCGUACGAAGCCGUCGUCUACGCGCGGCCGGACCUCAAGUUCCUCGACGCCAUCGACGCGGGCCAGGUGCUCGCGGUCCCGUCGAAAACAAUCCUCGACCCCUACUGGCACCGCUGGUCCGGCCUGAACGACCGCGUGCUCGUCUGUAGCCGCGACGCCGCCGCGGUCGUCGCGGCGCGCAUCGAGCUCGCGCCGGCCUACGCCGCGCGCACGUUCCUCCGCGCGGAGUCGUUCCUGCAGUUCGUCGUCAGGGCGCACGGGCUCCGCGUCGGCGACCUGGCGCUGCGGGCGCAGCGCGUCCGCGCCGACGGCGCCGUGGCCUCGAACGACCUGUGCCUCGAGUACUGCUCGCCCGCGCGCCGGGACGUCUGCCGGGGGGACUGCCGGCGCCUGUCGCCGGAGCCGGCGCCGCUCGCCGCGUGGGCGGCGAAGCAGAAGGCCCGCGACGACGCGAAGCGGCGGGCCGGCACGCUCCGGCACGGUGUUCCGCGUGCGGACCGCGUGGGGAUUCAGUAAUGUGUUUGCUAAG